AUGUCGACUUUCGGAGCCGCAAAUACAAAUCCUAACAAGUCGUUUGAGGUUACGCAACCACCUUCUGAUUCCAUUUCGAGUAUUUCUUUCAGUUCCAAGGCCAAUUUCCUCAUUGCUACUUCAUGGGACAAUCAGGUUCGGUGUUGGGAGAUUUCAAAGAAUGGAACUACUCUUAACAGUACUCCCAAGGCUUCAAUUUCUCAUGAUCAACCGGUUUUGUGCUCUGCUUGGAAGGAUGAUGGAACGACGGUUUUUUCUGGAGGUUGUGAUAAGCAGGUCAAGAUGUGGCCACUUUUGUCUGGAGGCCAACCGGUGACUGUUGCCAUGCACGAUGCUCCCAUCAAAGAGGUUGCUUGGAUACCCGAGAUGAGUCUUUUGGCCACCGGAAGCUGGGAUAAAACCAUUAAGUAUUGGGAUACUAGGCAGUCCAAUCCGGUGCAUACUCAGCAACUCCCUGAUCGCUGUUAUACAAUGUCGGUGAGGCAUCCUUUGAUGGUUGUGGGAACUGCAGAUAGGAAUCUGAUUGUCUUCAACUUGCAGAAUCCUCAGACGGAGUACAAAAGAAUAGUAUCACCCUUGAAAUAUCAGACAAGAUGUGUUGCUGCUUUUCCAGAUCAACAAGGUUUUUUGGUUGGCUCAAUAGAAGGAAGGGUUGGAGUACAUCACCUUGAUGAUGCACAACAAAGCAAGAAUUUUACUUUUAAAUGCCACAGAGAAAGCAGUGACAUAUAUUCAGUCAACUCCUUAAGUUUCCAUCCUGUACAUCACACUUUUGCAACUGCUGGAUCUGAUGGUGCCUUUAAUUUCUGGGACAAGGACAGUAAACAGAGACUCAAGGCUAUGCAAAGGUGUGGUCAGCCCAUACCUUGCGGUGCAUUCAAUAAUGAUGGCUCCAUAUAUGCUUACGCGGUUUGUUAUGAUUGGAGCAAAGGUGCAGAAAAUCACAAUCCAACUACUGCAAAGAACUGCAUAUAUUUGCACUUACCACAGGACUCUGAGGUUAAAGGCAAGCCACGAGCUGGAUCAACAGGUAGAAGGUGA